GCUGAGUUCAGGGAAAACACAGAGCUGCCGAUCUGUCAAUCAUAAUUAGCAACCACAGGGAGUGAAACUGGGAGGAAGGUCGGUGAAACGCUACGUUUUUGGGUGAAAAGGCAUUGUACUUUCCGUGAAACAAUAAUGCGUCGGAAAGGAGAGGAAAAUAAGUAUCCUAGUGUGCUUCCAAAUAUUUGUUCUACUUUGGAAGGAAUUGCAUAAAAGCGUUCACUGAAAGCCAAACUCGGCGAGUUUCACUUGCAAGCAAGUAUUCUGCUUGGAGUACGAAACCUAUCCAGAAGAAGGUAACCACGGACGCACGACACUUUGGGAUUUAAUUUGGCUAUUUAACACACUUCUUGACAAAAGAGGUUGAUACAUUUCAGAGGACUAUCGUAAAGUCGCUGUUGGUGACUCGCAGCGCAGACUAGGAGGUGUGACGGUUCACUCAAAACAAUCUCGGCCCAAACAUCCAGACGGCGAGGAAGAAAGGAGGAAAGAUGAGCGGGGGAGAUGUGGUGUGCUCCGGCUGGUUAAGAAAAUCUCCUCCAGAAAAAAAGUUGAGACGUUACGCAUGGAAGAAGCGGUGGUUUGUUCUCCGCAGCGGCCGUCUCUCGGGCGACCCAGACGUGCUGGAGUACUACAAGAAUGAUCACGCCAAGAAGCCCAUCCGCGUGAUCGACCUCAACCUGUGUGAACAGGUGGACGCAGGGCUCACGUUCAACAAGAAGGACCUGGAGCACAGCUUCAUCUUCGACAUCAAGACCAUCGACCGCGUCUUCUACCUGGUGGCCGACACGGAGGACGACAUGAACAAGUGGGUCCGCUAUAUCUGUGACAUCUGCGGCUUCAACCCCACGGACGACGAAGCGGCAAAGGCUGCCCACCAGGCGGCCAGCGGUGGCUCUGUGGUGGACAUGCCCCCUCACCCUGGCCUGGGGGGUCCUCCGGCCAUGCUGACCAACGUGCCCCCUCCCUACCAGCCGGUCAGCGUGCGCCACCUGGACUCUGAGUCCAGCCUGGACGAACCCCAGGACUACCUGUGGCUGGUCAACUGUGAGAGCAAGAAGCCAGAGCCCAACAGAGCCCACGCCGAGUGUUCCAAGUCAACCUCGUCAGAGACGGACCUAAACGACAACGUCCCCGCCCACCGCACGCCAACCUCCACUAGCUCCUCCUCUAAGCACGCCAACGGCUUCUUCUCAUCUGUCCUGCCCCCUCACCCCUCCUCCGCCUCCUCCAUCUAUGACUCUCCGCCUUCCCGUGGAGGCGACCUCUCUUCCAGCCUCUACCACCUCCCCCGCUCCUACUCCCAGGACACUGUGCUCCUUCCCAAGUCGGCCUCCGCCUCCUCGCCCCCUGUCCCGGUCGAAGGCGACGCCCCAGAGCUCUACGUCUUCAACGCGCCCUCGCGGAAGCCCUCCAUGGAGACUCAGAUGAGGAACCUGUCGGUGAGCUACGACAUUCCUCCCACACCAGGCAGUAACUGUACCUAUCAGGUGCCUCGAGGUCCAGUGAGUGGUGGGUCUGAGGGUGGGGAUGGGAUGCCUCCGCCCCGGCCCCCCAAGCCUUCCCUCAGCUCCCUGACCCCGGGGCACCCGCCGCCCCCCGCGGAGCGCUCGCCCACGGACACGUACUGCGUGCCGCGCUCCAUGUCGGAGACGGACGGGAACUACUGCGUGCCCACCAGCGCCGGGAACAAGGCCCUGAGGAGCAACACCAUCGGCACCAUGGACUCAUCACGCCUCAGGAAAGAUUUGGGCUCCCAGGACUGUUACGAUAUCCCUCGGACGUUUCUCUCUGACAAGAGCUGCUCGUUUGACUUCAACGAAAGCUUCAACAGCUACUUGCCUGCCUCUCUCUCUGCCCCCCCGCCCCUCCAGAAAAACAAAGGCAUGAUGCCAGUGGGCAGCCAGUCCAUGGAGGAAGUUGACCAGAACUACGUACCCAUGAGCGCCAACUCCCCAUCCCACCACCGCUCCGGCAGCCUGUCGGGCUGUGAACCCAUCAUGGAACCCAACUAUGUCCCCAUGACCCCUGGCCCGGGCACCUUAGAGUUCUCCCUGGGCAAGCAGGUUCCCCCGCCGGCCCACAUGGGGUUUCGCUCAAGCCCCAAUACCCCACCCCGCAGACCCAUGCUCAUCAGCGAUUGUCAGCCCCCACCUGUGGACCGCAACCUCAAACCGGACCGCAAAGGUCAGAGUCCUAAAAUAAUAAGAGCAAAGGGGGUUGGUUUAGAGCGAACCGACUCUCAGACCGUAGGAGAGUUCCCAAGACGACGCAAGGCCAAGCCCGCCCCUUUGGAGAUCAAGCCCCUUCCUGAGUGGGAGGAGUCAUCGGCGCCCGUCCGCUCGCCUGUCACCAGGUCUUUUGCUCGGGAUCCCUCCAGGUUCCCCAUGCCCCCCAGGCCUCCCUCGGUGCAUAGCACCGCCUCCAGCACCGACUCCGAGGACUGUGAUGAGAAUUAUGUAGCCAUGGUCUCUAAGGCAGACGAACUCAACAUGAAGCUGGGUGUGUCCAUGACGGCGGACGGGGGGAGCAGCCCAAUGGUGAAGCCCAAGGGAGACAAGCAGGUGGAGUACCUGGACCUAGACCUAGACCCUGGCAAGUCUACCCCACCACGGAAGAAGAAGAGUAAUGGGAUUGGUCUGGCGGUGUCAGAUGAGCGGGUGGACUACGUGGUGGUGGACCAGCAGCGGACGCAGGCCCUCAAGAGCACCCGGGAGGCCUGGAACGAUGGACGCCAGUCCACAGAGACAGACACCUCCACCAAAGGGCCCAAGUGACCCCCAGCUAUAGCCCCACACUGCUGGGCCGCAGACAUUACUCCAAGCCCUGGCUCGGGCCCCGGCCUUCACCUCCUCCAGACUCCUAGUGCCGAAGUGAAGGGGCCGGUGGACCUCCAGGGCCGCUGAACUGUCUUUAGUUUACACUGCCAUCAGUCAGUCUGAGGACAGAACAGCGACAGCACAGCGCCCCUCUGUGGCAGACAGGGGGUAUGUGCCAGGAAUAAGCUGAAUGCAGUAUGGAUGCAAGUAGGUUUGAUUGACGUAUCAGUCCUCACCUGCCUGAUAUGGGGACUCUGUAAAGACAUUACCACAUCCACAAAGACUUGGAGUCUGGAACACUUACUGCCACUUAUGGUAGAUUUUUCCUCUAGUUGGUUGGAGAAUGACCAGGAGACAACUUAAAGACAUUUCCUUUAUGAUUACAUCACAACACUGUGGGACACUGUCUGGAGUCUGUUUUGGGAGAGAAUGAGUCAUCUCUUUCAGAAUGCUUAGUGUCUACUUAAUACUUCACUGCCAAGGUUGCCUAGUUUUGCUGGUAGGAAAUUGGGCCAUUUUUCUCUUGUACAGGUCUAAUAUUAUCCAAAACAUUGUAAGAGAAAACCAGGUUUUCUUAGUGAAAAACUUGUUGUGAAUGCAAGGAAAUAGAAUACAAGUAACUUUUUCUGAAAUGCAACUGACCAAGUGCUCAAUCAAAGGUUUUGGAUUCACUGAAACAACGUCAUUUAAUCGACUGAGAAACGAUUCUCUUCCUCGUUUAGUUUUUAGUGGAAGAGGAAACGGCUUGACAUUUGCAAAACAAAAAGAGUUGUACAAAGUGUUAUGUAUAUAAACAGAAAGUGUCCUUUAUUCAACACUAUAUACAGUGUGUGGAAAUUCUGCAGGGUGGAAUUCUAUACGCUCUCCGAGAUGGUAUCGGGACAUGUGAUAUGAGAUGACAGAAUCAACUGUGACGGCUUUUAAGGGAAGCUCCCCGACACUUUCUGUGAGUUAUGCAAAGGUGUCAAACGUAGGUUUAUAGGAGAGAGAAAUCAGGUACGCAUUCAAAUACUAAUAACAGCUAUUUCCAUUUCUAAUUUAUUUUGAGUUAUCUCAACGAUGGAUGUCCAAGUAAUCUAUAAACGGACAGAUUUGAUGCUAUAGAGCAAAGUGCUGUUGAAAAUGCCUUCUCAACGAGCGCCAGUCAACUAGUUUCAGGAGUUUAUUGUGAUGGCGUGUGUCGAUUUCAUUAUCUCUCUUAGGUUUUAAUUUAUUUCAACAGGAUUCACACACACACGCCGUUCUGGGGUCUGAUGUGUCUGAUGCCUUACGAUCUACUUUACUUGAUAUGUCUUUGUAAAUAGUGAAAAAUUGUGAUGUUUUACCUAAGAAGAAAAUACUUCAGAAUCAUAGUGUUUUUUUUCAUGACGACUAUUGGCUUUACUAACUUUCCAGGGACCCUAUUCACUUUCCAGGGACCCUAUUCACUGUCUGAGUAGGAGUGCAGAAGCCGCUUUCCCGAAAGCAUCUUAAGGCUAAAUUCAUUGUUAGAACCAUAGGAUCCUACGGUUCUAAUGAUGAACUUAGCCUUGAGAUAGUUUUGGGAACCCGGCCUUGGUUUAGGAUCAGGUCUCCACUGUUCAUGUAAUCUUAGUCAUUGUAAAAGGAAAAACCAACUGAUUCUAGAUCAGCACUCUUACGCUGAGAUUCUUCAUGAAUACAGGCCCAUUUCUCUCUCUAAGUCCUAAGCAUGUUUUACCAGGAGAAUUAGUCUUUGCUGUAUAUAUUUGCACCAACUAUUCCAGCAUGUAUCAUUUGAAUUGAAAACCUGUGCCUGUACUGUCAUUUCCAUACUACUUAAUUCUCACCAUCCCAUUGCAGGGUUGUCUUGUCUCGAGACCAACUGCAAAACGUUGAUGCUUUAUCUUUUCUUUUAUGAAUCAGAAGAGAAACAUUUCCAUUUGAAAGUUAACUAAAUAAAACAACCUUUUUUGA